ACACAUGACGUCAUUUUAUUUUCAUGGCUGUCAGUCGUGUGAAAAUGCGCAUGCGCGUGGGCCCGCCUAAACACUCCCCCCUAGCGUCACGGAGCGGGCGGUGCAGCAUCAGCGGCUCGUACCCAUCACGAAGACUCGAAGCUGUAAAAUCGCCGCCCCAUUCCGUCGAGCAUCUUCACCAACCGAGCACCGAAGUCCUGUCAUUCUGUCCUCCGGCGUCCGCAGUCGGCCCCCCUCGUCCUCCUCCUCAAAAUGUCCGUGGGUAAUGACUUUGGGAACCCUCUAAGAAAAUUCAAACUCGUCUUCCUCGGGGAGCAGAGCGUUGGAAAGACAUCUCUGAUCACACGAUUCAUGUAUGACAGCUUUGACAACACAUAUCAGGCCACAAUUGGAAUUGACUUCCUCUCCAAAACAAUGUACUUGGAAGAUCGAACGCGUUCUCUCUCUGAACCCCAGGUGAGGUUGCAGCUUUGGGACACAGCAGGACAAGAGCGCUUCAGAAGCCUCAUCCCCAGUUAUAUACGGGACUCCACCGUGGCUGUGGUGGUCUACGACAUUACAAAUGUCAAUUCCUUCCAGCAGACAUCAAAAUGGAUCGACGACGUGAGAACAGAAAGAGGAAGUGAUGUCAUCAUCAUGCUUGUUGGCAAUAAAACAGACUUAGCAGACAAGAGGCAAAUUACAAUCGAGGAAGGCGAGCAGAGGGCUAAGGAGCUGAGCGUCAUGUUCAUCGAGACCAGCGCCAAAACGGGCUACAACGUCAAACAGCUGUUCCGGCGUGUGGCGGCUGCUCUCCCAGGGAUGGAAAGUAUGCAGGAAGCCAGUAAAGAGGGGAUGAUCGACAUAAAGUUGGACAAACCCCAGGAGCCCCAGACUACUGAAAGCGGCUGCUCCUGUUAGUGCUCAUGGUUCCUCCACGGAUCUCCAUCAUCGACGCUUUGUUACGUUGCUUCCCAUUGGUUAACCCCGCUGUUGACUUUGCACGUUGAGAUCCCGGUUUUCUCACCCGACCACUGAUCAUUGGUUGGAACUAGCAAUAUGUGAAAUUGGGUCUACUUUGACAAAAAAAACUUCCCCCCCAAAAACCCUCUUAUCUGAGAGUAGAUUUUGUUCUCCCAUGUGGAAAAGUAAAAUGCUUUUGUUGUUUUUCCAUAUUUUUGUAUUACAAGGUGGAUCCCUCUGGAAGUGUUUUUUUCUUUAUCUACUUUAGGAAAACGACAACAUGUCUGAGAGCCUGAAGAACAGACCAGACCGUAUUGUGUGUGACGACGAUUGUGGGCAAUCACAAAAAAAAAUAUGUUUUUAGCUUUGUUAUCAUCGACUGUUCUUCAGUAUCUCAGAGCUAAUUACAGAACAGCCAAUCACAGCCUUCCUGCCUGUAGCCCUGCUGUUAUCCUCACAUUUGUAUUUCAGACGUUACGGAUCAAUCCGAGCUGUAAAGUCCAGAGUAUGUAAUGCAUGCCUAGUUGUAAAGCAUAGGUACUGUCUACCUGUGUACACGAGUUUGAAAAGUGUAAUAUUCCACCAGUGACUUGAUUGCACAGCGUUCUAGGAGCUGGGUUUGUAUACUUGACUACUGACGACCUUUCGAUUUUAUUUUAAUUUUUUUGCUGUGUGUGUGUAAAGUAGUGCUUUCUGUAUGGACGGCAUUAGAACGCAGUUCCACUGAGGGCCACUGCCACGUCACUUCACUCCCGCCAUAAUUGCGGUUCUCUUUAAGGACACCUUCGGUCUGUACGUCACGGACUGUGUCCGUCCAGCUGCUGUCACACUGUGGGAGCAUUAUGUGUUUAAUGAUGAUCUGUGUAUGCAGAUUGCUGUAAACGAGCAGCGAAGAGUCCAACCCUCUGCCAUGUGCCCUAUGAGCAGACGGACCAACUACACCCUUAAAACGUUGUUCUUCUGUUUCCUCACCGACUAAAGACUAAUUUGCACAUGUAGACCUUUCAGGUUAUUAUGAAGUUGGGCGACGCUUCAUUCUAAUUGUACAGUCGCUUAAUUCAAAGAUGUGUCUGAUCGUUAAAGAAACUGUCGCAUAACAUGUUUCCACGUUUGUUUGUUUUUUUUCCUGCUUGUGUUUGAGCUGAAUGAAAAUGUUGACAUUAUGGACUAUUUCUUUCCGCCUUCAGGGCCGGCUAUCAUAACGUUCUGGUGGUGAAGUCAGCCAGUGCUAAGAACACUACUUCAAUUUGAUGUGUCUUUGAUGUGAAGUCUUUACAGCACUUUUGCAGAAUGUGUUUUAGAUAUAGAGUGAAAAUGUAAACCGUUACAAGGAAAUGUCCAUUGUUAAUUUCCAUACAAUUUGGAGUAGUGUGUCCCAGAGAAGUGUUUCCCAACCCUUGUCCUCAAGGCACACUGUCCGACAUGUUUUAGAGGUUUCCCUGCUUUAAUGUGCCUGAUUCAACUGAUUGCAGUUCAACAAACAUCUGUUAAUCAGUGAUCGAUUGAAAUCAACUGAACUGAAGCGAGGAAAUACCUAAAGCCUGCAGGGCAGUGAGCCUUGAGGACCAGGGUUGGGAAAUACUGUUCUAGAGUAGAAGCGUUAGUUUGGGAAUUGUUUUCACACAUCUAUAUAUGGAGCACACUUCUAAAACAAACUCUAACCAACAUAAUGAGCCAAAUAGUAAAACAGCUGGUUAAAAUAUCGCAGGAAACGUUCACCAGAAUACAAACAUACCAAAAUAAAGUGCCGUUGGACUUCCCUCAACAUGCUAAGAGGAAGCUCUGUGUGGGUCCAUUUUGCAACAAAAUGUUCUUGGUUCCUGGUAAGAAAAGCACUCUAACAAAUAACUCUAGAGUGUUUGUUUUUCAGAUUGAAUUUUGGAGAUACUCCAUUGCAUUUAAAUCCUGAAUAUGGCAGAGUCCACCUUUGUUUGUUGACGGCCCAUUUCAACAUUCCACAGAGAUGGACUGGGGGACGUAAAUGGGAUCUUUGUGUGUGGGAGCAGGGGCCGGGGUGGUCUCCCUGCUGAUUUUUGUGAUUGUAUUAUCACAGAUCAGUGCAUCAAACCUGAUUACUGCUGACCUGGUUCUCAUUCACACUGUACAGAGAUCUAGCAUGUCUCUCCAAAUGGUUAAUAAAGAUGUCUUAUUACCAACCUUC